AUGACAAAUAAUGGCAUCGGCAGUAACAUAAAUCCAAACAACAAUAAUACUAGUAAUAUAAAUCCCAGCAAUAACAACAAUGCAUCAUCAACGAAUGGAUCAACUCUACGACCAUUUAAACUCCCUAAAUCAUGGGAUGAUCCACCACAACUCGAGGAUUCUCUAGCGAAAUAUAUCCUCAAUGUUCUCUCUAGAUUUCUGCAUCAAAUGGCGAGUCAAGAGGAUAAUUCGCCAAAGGAUCAACCAAUCACCGGAGUUCCUGGUGCAGGCGUUCAAAAUCAAGGGGUUGGCAGUAGUGGAGGCGGUGGCGCCUUUGGAGGAGGAGUGGUCAAUGGCGGAAAUGCAGUUUAUUCGACAGUUACUUAUGAAAUUAUUUGUGAGAUUUUUAAGAAUGCCGGUAGAGUAAUUUUCUAUAUUAGUGCCUCGAAUUGGAGUGUUGUCUUUUCGAGGAUAAAGAGUCGUAUUGGAUAUUUAACUAGUACUCAUGAUGAAUGGCCGGAAACCGCUGAAUUGAAGUUAUUAGAAUGUUCUGAUUUGAAUUCAAAACGCCUUUCAAUGGUGUUACAAGAAUUAUGCGGAACAUUUCUACACUUGAAAAGAUCCGCGCAAACAGUAAUGGCAGUGAUAUUACGAAAGGCAAUUUGGAACUGGAUCGAAGUGUUUCCCGCAGAAUUCGUGGCACUUUGUCAAUCACAGAAACGUAUGGAGGGGGGUCCCGAAAUCCUAUUUGACAUUUGUUAUAGUCUAGCCGAUAACACAAGGCGCAGAACGGUGUUUUGGCCAUUACAAACAAUGCUUUUGAUCCUCUGUCCAGAUAUUUUACUAAAUGCCGCAAUGAUCGAUCGAGGAACGGCUGUAAUGUCGAAAAAGGCGUUGUUUUUGGAAAAUCUAAAAAAAUCACUACGAAAAUCUGCUUUAGCAGAUGUUGCUGCGGUUUGCUACGUAGACAUUUGCAAGGCAGCAACUUAUGUAUCGAAGAAUGAUUCUUCGGCGCUACGAUUAAUUGUCCCAGAAAUUGAAAAUGAAUUGAAGGAAAAAUUGUUUGAUCCGAAUCAACCGUUCAUUACUGAGGCGCAUGUCGAUCAACGACUAAUGACCGAUUGUCUGACCGCAUUGUUUCGUUUGAAUCCACGUAAUGCGUUACACUCGUUAAUUCAUGUUUGCUUGCAAAGAAAUGCACCGAGCGCUUUUAAGUUGGUUUUGGUGAAAAGUUGUUUUGUUCUCGCAUCUGAGGAAAAUCGAUUACCAUGGAACCCAGAUAUAACUUCAAUGUAUUCGGUUCUUGUGUCGCCAUUACGUAAACUGUUCCAAGACUAUGUAAUGAAUAAGAGUGUUGACCCAUUAAAAAAAGCCAAAAAAAUGGUGGAGGAGGCAAAUGAAAAAACAGAAAUUAUAUUGAAUAUCUUAAAACUGUAUAAAACUGAUCCAUCAUUGGCCCUUGUGCAAAGUGAUUCUUCUGAACCUUCAGACGAGAAUAGAACAAUCAUCUGCAUCACACAUUGUCUAAAUAAUUCUAACCAGGCAAUUCGUACAAUUGCCGCAGAAACUUUAUUGGAGUUGCAUGAUCCUGACUACAUUGAAAAAUGGGGACCAUCGGAGAAUAAGAUGUUUAAUUUCUGGUGUGUAAGUUCGCAAGUGAUGUUAGCGGUGGCACGACAAAUUGUUGAGUUAAAAGAACGAGAGGAAGGAGCAAAAUACAUGUUGGAAUUGUUACAUCAGUUGCUUAUUAAGCGAAAUGAAUUCUUAAAAGCAAAUCGAGAGAUGGCAACUGUUGGAAUCAACGUUCCAGAAAGAUUUGCAUCUAAUGUAGCUUUAGAAAUUGCGUUAUUAGUGUUAUUAUGUUCAGCUGAUACAGAAAUUUGUUCUAUUGCGGUCACUUGUUUCGGACAUUUAUGCACAGAAGCGCAAUUGACCGAAGAUUUGGACGAACCACCUUCUCAAUUGACUAUUGUUGAGAAUAUAGAUGUUUAUUUAGAGUUGUCCUCGCCAAACUACAUGGUUACAGGACGUAUGGCGCAGCAAAAACGUACACGUAAAUUAUUACGAUUAAUGAAAAAUCCUACUCAUGGGAAUCUCGCCGCAUGGGAAGAAGCAUUCAAACGAUGGCAAGCAUUAAAUGCUAUGGUGGCCAAACCAAUGGAUGAUUAUGACAAGAAAUCAAAUUUUUUAGCAUUAGGUCGAACGAAUACCGGAGCUUCAACCGAUAUCACGGAAGUACAGACCACCGAAUGGCAUAAUUACACGGGAUUCCUAUCAGCGUUGGGUGGAUGUUGUGUUAGAGAUCAAUUAAUGAAUGAUCGACAUUCAUCAAUGACUAUGGAUUCAUCGAAUCGUCGAGCUUCAGCAAAUCCACAACAUGAUAUAAAUAAUUAUCAUUCGAUGGUAGAGAUGUUCGUUCAACAUAUGGUGGAAUUGCUUGUCUGUGAUACUGUAUAUGUUCGCGAAAUUGUUAAAGAAACUCUAGGAGCUGAUCUAAGCCCAAGACUAUAUGUAAUUCUGUUCAAACAUCUUGAGUAUAUUGUCUCUAAGUUUUUCGAUUCCGAGGGCGAAGCAAAUUGUGUCGAACGAUAUACAUUAUUCAUAGAACAAGCAAUCUCAGUAUUAAAAUUAAUUCUCGAUCGAAUACAAGAUGCCUCUGAAAACCUGUAUAGCGUCGAUUUCGGAGGCUUGGUAUUAUCGUUCGCUCGAUAUCUACAUCGUCUUGGCACUGGCCAUGUCGCACUACGGAUAAAAGUGAAAAUGUGUCAACUUUGUGAAAUUUUAAUGGCCAAAAAGGACUAUAUUACAUUAAGACAAGAAAUUAUUCUACGUAAUAAAUUAUUGGAGAUUAUUAUCGAAUGGACUUCAGAUUUCUCGGUGAAAACUGAUGGGAAUCAAAUCUCGGAAAUAACACCAAGCAAGAAUGAACGACUACAUCGUGAUCUGGAUCAAGCAUGUCUUAAAACGGUUCAUGUGUUGUUGGCACAAUUGCCAUUACAGCCUUCAGAUACAGCACACGAAGCUGAUUUAAGUCUAACAAAAGCACGUUUAUUUUACAAGUACUUUUCUUUCUUUAUAAAGCUAUUGAAUCGGUGUCGUAUUCUGGAGGCAAUCGAUAGUGGAUCACAUUCUGCGAAAAACAAUCAAGACUUACAAAUGUUGCUGUCAAGAUCCAAGGAAUAUGUGAAAGACCUCGGGCCACUAAAAGAUUACACCAUUCUCGCCCUAUCAAAUCUCCUAAGUGCAAAUGUUGAUGCCGGGCUAAAGUAUUCGCUUUCGAUGGGAUAUCACGAAGACACAAAAACCAGAACAGCAUUUAUGCAAGUGCUCACCAACAUCUUGAAACAGGGAACCGAGUUUGACGGGCUCGCCGAAAACGCUAUUAAUGAUCAAUAUGCUAGAUUGGUCGAGUUAGUCACUGGUUCCGAUCUUAGUAUUGUAUUAUCUUUAUGUGAAGUUUGUCCGGUCUGUGAUAUUGAUGAGGUUGCACAAAUGUUAUUAACGAUAUUUGAGUCUCGGAGGAGGACGAUGGCUCUUAUGAAGGCUGUGAUUGAAAAAGAAGUAUCUAACACUGUGAAUGAAGCUGAACUAUUACGUCGAAACUGCAUGACCACCAAAUUACUAAGUGUAUUCGCAAAAAUGCAUGGUUCAGAAUAUCUACGCGAAACGCUACAACCUCUUCUCCAGAAUAUUUUGGAUAAUCCGGCCAAUGAACGUGGUUUUGAACUCGACGAGGUGCGAAUCGGAAGCGGCGAAAAUAUCCAGAAUAAUCGUUCGAAUUUGAAUAAUCAGGCUCAAUUGGUUCUGGAUGAAAUAUGUGCUUCGGCUAAGAAUGUUCCAAGAUCAUUCAGAGAAGUCUGUUAUUACAUAGCAACUGCGACCGAGGAACGAUUUCCACAAUCAAAAUUUACCGCAGUCAGCGCAUUCAUUUUCUUGCGAUUCUUUUGUCCGGUAAUCGUUGCUCCCGAUUCGGAAAAUCUUGUGAAGCAAGCACCAAGCAAGGAAAUGAGGCGAAGAUUGCUCUUGACAACUAAAACUAUCACGAAUAUUGCGAAUAAUGUACUGUUUGGUGCCAAGGAACCAUUCAUGACUGCUAUGAAUGAUUUUUUGGAGGACAAUAUAAAUAAGGUUACAAGAUUCUUGCAGGAGAUUUCGGAACCAUCAUUCUCUGAAUCACCAGUCACACCAUUACCAGAUACACCUCCAACAGUAAAUGAAACACAAAUAAGCGACGUCAAUAAUAUACUAAAUUUAAUAACACGGCGCAUGAAAUCGUCACUUAAUCCGUCGAGUAGCAAUGUAAACGUUCCCUCGGAGAUUGAACAAACGCAAGCAAAUAAGCGUGCGUAUGAUAAACUAUCGACAUUGCUUGCAAAACUUGGUCCUCCACCUGAGACACAGAAAAAAGAAUUCACUAAUAUUAGUAACCAACACUUUGAGACUAAUCAUCAAUUAUUUACGGAUUUCAUGCGAAGAAAUUCGCAUCGAAAUUUGGAUUAUAUUAAAUCUAAGGGAUUAUUUUAUAGUUAUGGAUUUUCAAAAGAAAAAAGACCUGUCUUUUAUUAUAUAGCUCGUCGACUAAGUUCAGAAUCCACAGAUAUGGACUUAUUGAUGUACCAUGUCCUUCAUACAAUUGAAUCCUCCAUUGGAAAACCAUUCGAAGUGGUUAUUGAUCUAACACAAUUCACACAAGCCAACGAAAUACAAACUCAAUGGAUUCAACAAUUUAUUCAGAUUCUCCCGUUCAAUGCAGUCGAAAAUCUAGCAAAUGUCUACAUGUAUAAUCCAAACACAGCAUUCAAAAAGUUUUCAAAGAAAUUACCAAGGCCAUUGUCCCAGAAAAUCGGCAAAAAAGCUAUUUUCAUGAAUUCGUUGUCGGAGUUGCAUGAAUACAUAGCACCGUCAGAUGUUCGGUUGCCAAAGACUACUAUUCAACUUGAUUCUGAACCUUGUACACAUUUUACGCCUGUCACGAAAAUAACACAUUAUAGGAUUACUGUUCCCGUUAUUAUGAAGAUUAGCAGUGAAACGAUACAAGUUAUUACGACCCGAAAACAAGAUUUAUUCAAUGGUCAACAAGUAAUCCUCAAUGAUGUAUAUCACAUUUCCGAAAUCGAAGAUAUCACACUGUCAUCACACAAAAGCGACGACAAUGAAUUUGUCAUAAAACAAGAUGAAGGUCGUUCGUCAACCGCGUUCACAAGUCCAAAGCGAGAUCAAAUUAUGCAAGCAAUUCGUGCGUCAAAAGCUCGAUUUCAACUAACGAAACCAUCAAAUGUCACCGAGCGUGUUAUUCGUCCUAGUGAUGUGCCAGGGACGCUGUUAAAUAUGGCACUUUUGAAUAUUGGUAGCGAGGAUCCGAAUUUACGGUUGGCAGCUUACGAUUUGUUGGUGGCAUUAAGUAUCAUAUUUAAUUUCGAUGUUGGAAACCAGCUGCUAACUGCAAAAGGCUUGUGUAUACCAGCAAAUAAUACAAAUUUUGUCGUAUCAUUAAGUGAACGACUUGCCAUGACUGAACCCGGUCUCACAAUCGAAUUCCUUAACGAAUUUUUCGUUGGGUUCAAUAAAUCAAGUACUUCACUGAAACAUCUCUGUCUUCAAUAUAUGGCACCUUGGCUACUAAAUUUGGCCCAGUAUAGUAAGAACGGAAGUGAUAGUCAACCAGGAGUUGGUAAAAUAAGGGAGAUUCUAAAAAAGUUGAUUGAAUUGACCACCAAAGAGUCAGAGAUGUACACCACGGUCCAAUCAAAGAUCUGGAGCACUUUAGGAAAAGUUGAUGAAGUCACCAAUUUGAUAAUCAGCGAAUUUGUUGCAUAUGCUGUCGAAUUUGGAAUCAAUUCUGUGCAAGCGGAAACGGUGGCAAACACCAUAGUUACAUUAUCUUCUGUGAAUGUUCGGGGGAAAAUUAUAUCAAGGCUUCGAAGGGCAAUCGCUCGAACAUCAUUAAAACCCACACGAACACUAACAGAGAAUCCAGCAUGGGCUGAAAUUGCAGUGCUUGUGAGAUUCAACUUAAUGUUAUCAUUCAAUAAUCGACUCCACGUGCAACUAUAUCUCCCUGAGCUAUUUUAUAUAGUCUCGGUACUAGUUGCCACUGGGCCAGCGUUAAUUCGAGCAUCUAUUCAUGGCCUAGUCGUCAAUCUUAUUCAAUCAUUAUGUACUGCAAUGCCAUUAGAUGAUUCUAGCUCUGCACGACUUACUUUCUUAUUGGGUGAAUUUUCAGAACCUAAAUUUCGAUUAUUGUUCGGUUUGAAUAAUGUCGCCGGCAAUGCAUUUGUUAUCACUGGUGAGUCAGCGCAUGAUAGUGCCGAGAUGAUGCCGUUAUCCUCGUUAGAACAGAUUGUGCAAUCUUUGUUGGAAAUUAUGGUCUGUGGGGCUCCAUCUAUAGACAUGUCAAAUACUUGGAGAGCAAGAUGGAUGAGCCUUGUGGCGAGUACAGCAUUUCAACAUAAUCCCGCCAUACAACCACGCGCAUUCGUAGCACUUGGUUGUCUAGCACGUGAAGAGGUCGACGAUGACCUUCUAUAUCAAAUACUUGUUGCAUUACGUGGUGCGCUCGAAUUAUUUUCAGACAACGAUGUCUCUCUAAUCGUGAGCAUAAUAAUGUGCCUAACAAAUAUCGUUGAAAAUCUCGACAGCAGUUGCCGAUACAUCAGACAACUAUUUUGGCUUGCAAUGUCAUUAGUACAAAUAGGGAAUAUUUUAGUGUUUCCGAGUGCAAUAAGACUUUUACAAGUGGUAUUACGAGCAUUAGACGUAAAUGGAUUUUUCGAGCAUAAAGAUAUAACAAAAGUAUUAUUGGAAGCUCGUGCUCCAUUGGCUGAAGUAGCAGUGACAAUGGACUAUGAAGCUGGUAUCAAUUAUGAACAUUUCUCAUUCGCUGUCGCAGCCGCCCUAUUGAAAGGUCUUAAACAUCCCGCCACAAAAACUGAUACACAAGCCGUUCUGAAUUUGUUCCUCGAGAUAUCGUCAAAAGGCAUCGGCAUUGAACAAAACAUCGUCGAUUCGAGCAUGCUUGGAUAUUUGGCCGCGUUACUACCAAUCUCGGCGAAGAAUGCUGAAAUGAAAGAGUUACUUUGGGUCUGUGGAAUUUAUGAUAUGGAUGUGGACAAUGCAGAACUCGCAAACACAUAUUACAAAAUAUUUCCGAGAUUGGAUAUUCCCGAUAAUCAGACAGCUUUAUUAUUGAUUUCUUUGAUGGUGGCUAUGUUGCAAAAUGCGGAACAUGAGCCUGAAAGAUUGUUCUUGUAUGGAUUUUUGGCGGAAGCUGCGAUUGCCAUUCCUGAAGUUUUUGCCUUGGUUUAUGACACUCUCCAACCAAAAAUGAAUCAAAUCAUCACGAGCAGCGACACAAUUCCAAUCCUCGACGCUGUUCAAUCAAUUUUAUACACUGUUGUCUCAGAGCCACUGUAUUCGCGCGCACGCGGCAAUCAUAUGCCAUUUUUGGAGGAAAUCGGCUUCAAAAAUUUAAUGGAAUGUGGAUCGUUCCAUGGCAUCACUAGAGAGAAAAUGCGCGCGAAUGCCUUGUUGGCUACAAUUUUAUUAGCUGAUUCUACGGCCUCAGCGAGCAUAGAGCUUUUUGAAGGUUUACAGAUAUUACAGCACCGAGGACAGGAUGCCGCCGGAAUUGUCACCUGUGGUCACAAAGGACGCCUUUAUCAAUGUAAAGGCAACGGAAUGGUACGAGACAUAUUUGACCAAGAACAUUUACAAAAUUUAGUUGGAAAUUUAGGGAUUGGUCACGUUAGAUAUCCAACAGCCGGAACUUCGUCCCAUUCCGAAGCACAGCCAUUUUACGUGAAUAGUCCAUAUGGCAUUGUGUUCGGUCAUAAUGGAAACCUGAUUAACGCAAAGGAAUUAAGAAAUUUUCUGGAUACGGAUGCACAUCGGCAUAUCAACACCGAUUCAGAUUCAGAAUUGCUAUUAAAUAUUUUUGCCAAUAAUUUACAACGGACGGGAAAAAUUAGAAUUAACGAAGAAGAUAUUUUCACAGCGAUCACCGGCAUUUAUGAACAAUGUAUUGGUGGUUACGCUUGUGUGGCUAUGAUAGCCGGGUUUCGUGAUCCAAAUGGCAUACGUCCGAUAUGUCUUGGAAAACGGGAUGGUCCAAAAGGUGUUGAUUAUAUGUUCGCCUCGGAAAGUGUGGCACUUGAUGCCUCUGGAUUUUAUGGAGUUAAAGAUAUUAAACCUGGUGAGGCGAUAAUUAUCACCAAACAAGCAGUCACCCAAAAAAUCUUGAAAGAAGCGAGUCAAUUCACUCCAUGCAUAUUCGAGUAUGUGUAUUUUGCAAGACCCGAUUCGGUGAUUGAUGGAAUUUCUGUGUAUCGAUCACGAUUAGCGAUGGGUGAAUUUUUAGCGGAUCAGGUUAAGCGAAAAUGUGGGGAUACUACGGAUAUUGAUGUUGUUAUUCCGGUACCUGAUACAAGUCGCGUGGCUGCACUACAAGUCUCUUAUAAAUUAAAAAUUGUAUAUCGGGAAGGAUUCAUAAAAAAUCGAUAUGUUGGACGCACUUUUAUAAUGCCCGGUCAACUUAUGCGCCGAAAAAAUGUGAGACGGAAAUUGAAUGCUAUGGCCUUAGAAUUCGCUAAUAAGAAUGUUCUCAUUGUUGAUGUUGAUGAAUUAAUCAACAAUGAAAUUCAUAAUGCAUUAGAUUCCAUUGUUAGAGGAACAACCUCCAAAGAGAUUGUGCAAAUGGCUCGAGACGCCGGUGCAAAAAAGGUAUACUUUGCAUCUUGUGCGCCGGCUAUAAGAUAUCCUAAUGUAUAUGGUAUUGAUAUGCCAUCACGAAACGAAUUAGUCGCUCAUAAUCGAAGUGACGAUGAAAUUGCUAUGGAAAUUGGAGCUGAUAAAGUAAUUUUUCAGGAAUUAGACGACCUAAUCGCAUCAUGCUAUAAAUUCAAUCAAAAUAUCAAGAGCUUCGAUUGUUCCGUAUUUGAUGGAAAAUAUGUAACGGAUGCUGUGACUCCCGAGUAUCUUGAUAAUUUGGAGGCAAUAAGGAAUGAUCAGGCAAAAUCAACACGUGAAAAUUUUCAAGCUCAUGAAACAAUAGGUCUUCAUAAUAAUUAUCGUGUAAUCUAA